GCUCCUCUUUUAAAAAUCAAAAGGAAACUAGAGAGAGAAAAUUAGAAAUUAUAGAAAUCUCUCUAAUAGUAAGGGCGGUCACCAAACGCCUUUCUCUCUCUCUCUCUUUCUCUCUCUCUCUCUCUGUGGCUUUGCUAUUGUCUCUCGCUCUCCCCUUUGCGAUCUGGUCUUAUCUGAUGCAGUUUUGAGGUUAGAGAUCGGUUCAAGGGAAUCAUUUCCGGUUGCAAAUAAGGUUCAGGAGAGUUAAAAGAUGGAUCAUGAUGAGACAGGCUGUCAAGCUCCUCCUGAUCGUCCAAUUUUGUGCAUUAACAAUUGUGGUUUCUUUGGAAGUGCGGCCACAAUGAACAUGUGUUCUAAGUGCCACAAAGAUAUGCAGCUGAAACAGGAGCAAGCAAAGCUUGCUGCAUCAUCUGCUGGAAAUAUUGUGAAUGGAUCAUCAAGCAACAUGGAGCAAACUUCUGUCCUUGACACUGUAGAUAUCCAAGUCAAAACAGUGGAGUCAAAGACCAUCUCUGUGCAGCCAUCCUGUGCUUCAGCACUGGGGGAGAGUGUUGAGACAAAGCCAAAGGAGGGUCCAAGUCGGUGCAGCUCUUGCAAGAAACGAGUUGGUUUAACAGGGUUCAAGUGUCGAUGUGGCAACCUUUUUUGUGCAUCUCAUCGCUACUCAGAUAAGCAUGACUGUCCAUUUGAUUAUCGCAAUGCUGCCCGUGAGGCUAUAGCAAAAGCCAAUCCCAUUGUCAAGGCAGAGAAGCUUGAUAAGAUCUAGAUAUAUGGGUUAAAGUUUCAUUUACUGAAUUUGAUGAUCAUUUAUCUCCGAGGCUUCUGAGCUGGCCGAGUAUCUUAUCAGGUGUUCUUUUUUAUUGUUGUGUACGGCACAGCAAGGCAGCCUAGGACAUCACUGCAAUAUGAAGAACUCUAUCUUGUGAUUGGCGAGAGUUUAUAUGUUGGCUCCAGUGUUUUUAAGUCUAAAUCUGUGCUGGUUUGAUGAACUUCGUGGUGAUUAGAUUUGUAAUGUGUCAUCCUGUUUCAUAUGGCAUUUCUCUUGUAGUACGUCAAAAUGGCUUGUGCAAUUUCUAGCUGAUAUGUAUGGAAGUCAUCCAUAAACGCGCAUGAGCGUAGCUUUGUAAAUUUUAAUUGUGGCUUUCAUGGCAUUAAAUCUCAAUUCCUUGUAUGGUAUGCAAUUCCACUAUUUCCUAA